AUGCCCGACUCACUAAUCAGUUAUUUCCGGCUCGAUAAAAAAGAACACGCUCGGUAUAUUCGCAAACUCUCAAACAUAUUGAGAGGGAAAGGAUGGGUGGGUCUGAAGGAUGAUAGUCCUUUGGAUGGGAUUACGAUCUGCGUUCAACCACCCACACCUUCUGAUUACGAUCGGGAGUGGACAGAUCCGAGGGACGAUAGUCUUUUGGAUGGGAUUAUGAUCUGCGUUCAACUACCCACACCUUCUGAUUACGAUCGGGAGGUGAUGAUCUACGGCUCGUGGUAG